AAAAAAUCGUACAGAUCGAACCCGCGACUUUUUGCCUUGAGGUUUUCCACGCGGAACACCGAAAAUUCGUAAAAACCCAAACCGUUUUAUCAACUGAUAAAAUUCAUUCUCAAAUUAUUCUUCUGAUUAACAUCGAUCUUCUGUGACAACAGUUGUAUAAUUGCUGAUUACUGAGGAUGUCAACUGACGAUAUCUCAGCCAUCUUGUCAAAACGGUGUCGCGAACGUAAAAGUAUCCGUUUGAGACCUGAUUAUUUGAAAAGUUGGCUUGAAUCACAAUCGUCAUUCAAUCAGAACAGUAAUACAGAGCAGCUUUACAAUGCUUUAGUAGACGAUUUUUUGAAAAAGGACAUCGGUUUAACAUCCGAGCCAGUUAUUCCAAAGAAUUUUGGGCACACUGCUGUUACAAGUUUUCCAAACGGUGCUGUACGUCGAGGAGGCGUCGUACUGCAAUUGCAGGACACAAUGGAUAUUUCCAACUCGGCUUUCUCAUUGCUUAACAAAAUAAAGAACACUUCACCUGUUCGACAGGUUUAUAUUGAACGAAAUGAAGUUGAUGAUGUUGAGUUUCCCAGAGGUAUAAUGCGCUGGGUAUUAUCAGAUGGAACGACACAGUUGCAGGCUAUGGAGAUGGAGACUAUACCAUUAUUGGACCUCAAAACACCUUUCGGUUGUAAGAUUUUAGUUAAGAGCUGCCAAGUACGCAGAGGAAUGUUAUUACUAAAAAGAGAAAGUGUAGAAGUCCUCGGAGGGGGUGUUCCUGAAAUGUAUGGAGAAGACAUGAUGCGCGAGUUAGAAUUGCGCUUAAAGCAGAAGUUAGGUUUAGCGGAAGAACCUACGACACCUGUCCCUGAAGCAACACAGCAUCCAAACACUACCAAUCUGCAUGCAAAUGUUGAUAACAUGGAUAUAUUUGAUGAUGAUAUCGAUUAUUCUCAACUUGACUUGGACAGCGCCUGGUCUAACGUCAAUAGAUACGUGGAUCCAGCAGUAAAUAACGCUAAUACAGCUUUAACUACCAUUAACAGCACUGUUACUCCCAGUAAAAGUAUAAGUACGACAAUAAAUGCGAAUACCCAACGGUCGACAGAUAUACCCCCUUCAGCUUCUAAUUUGGAGAUGUUCAGCGAUGAUGAUGAUUUCAUGGCUCCCCCUCCUCCUUCAUAUUCCCCUGCAAGAACGACACCUAUCAAGGUUACCUCAACAAAAAGAAAAGCUUCUUCAAGUACACCUUCCACCUCUAGUGGCUCUAUCCAACAAACCGAUACGAUUAUACCAUCGCAGAAUACCCCUCGAAAACGAAUACAUAAGGAUAAAGCAGCGGAGGAAGGGACACAAACGUUAAUAACGGCGAGGAACACUGUUUCCCAUAUACUUAAUCGACGAGACUCUGCAUCCACCGAGGAAGGAAGUGCAGACCUUUCGUGGAUAGAUGCAAGCGUAUGGGAGAAUAUCAAUAAAGUUAAAGAAGAGAAAGAUCCAGAAUUAGGAGAGAAAAACGACCAUUACUCUUUUGAAAAGUUAAGUGAAACAUUGAAGGCCAUGGAAGACAAAAACUUUGCUGGUAAUUUACCAGAUACAGUUAUCAUUCGCGCUAUGUGCGUAAGAUUUGGGAAAAUGACUAUGUCGACUUCCAAAGGCUUUUAUUUGGAAAUCGACGUCAUUGAUCCGGACAGAAGAGACUUGAAGCCCUUAUCUGUUAUCUUUAAUAAUGAGAUGAUUACUGGACUGGUUGGAUAUUCUAAAGAGGAAAUUAAGGAAAUGUAUGAUAGAGUGGGGACCAAACCCGUAGUAAAGCAGAUAUUCAAACCAUUUCAGAACAAGGUUUUGAACACAAUAGCGAUGUUGAAAGUUGAUCUGACAGUGCUGUCAGAAGGUUGUGGACGAUCAUACAACAAAUUAUUACCUCUAGCCAUUGGCUUCAAUGCCUGUGCUUAAAUCACCAACUACAUUGUACAUAUAUUACCCUUCCAAUAAGUUGCUUAUUAUUUAUGAUGUAUUUUUCAUGUCCCUGUGUGGCAAAUAAGAUUAAUCGCGUCAUCCACCUUACUCCGCAGUUGAUUUGUUGCUUUAACUGAAAGCGAGAGACACAGUGCAACAGAUUUGUUGAAACAAAAACCUUACAACAUGAAAGCUUAUAUGCCCCACACAACAAUUAUCACGGGAAAAAGAUUAAUAGCUUUUUCUUC